UCUUUAGUUGACCGGACUGAUGUGCUAUCCAUUACACCAUGCCGCUUCCUGACAGCUUUAGAAUUAGAUAGCUUUGUUGAUUUUACAAUGGGGGAAUACGCAAGCAUGCUUUUACUGAGCUCUAUUGAGAAUCCUUCGGUUUCUAGCGAAAAUCAUUACCACUCCUGCCAUAAUAUGAAUAAACAAAAAUUGCCUUCCUCUCUUAAAAUCGAGGAACCAGGCCCAUAGCCAGGAAGGUUUCCUUUCCCAUAUAAUUUUCCUGACUACGGGCCUGCAGCGCUUUGCUCUCACAGAACGGAUUUUAUCAAAGCAGGCGCAAUAUUACGAAAACACGGCAAGUCGAAUAAAGCGACUAGGGGAACGCAGCUUUCCCCCCUUCAUUUUCUCCCCCUUUUUUGUCGAAUUUUUAUUUAAUUAUUUUAUUUUUAGAUUACUUAUAAUUUACUGGAUUUCAAUUUUGUUUGAAUCUCUCACUUGUUUAAAUUUUCAAUUAGCCAUAAUAUGAAUAAACUGCCUUCCUCUCCCAAAGUUUCAGUACUAGCCAAUAAUGCAUUGUUUCCACCUUCUGAUGAAUCCGACGAUGAGGAAAAAGAUGUAAAAGUGGAGCAUCAACAAUUGCCGUCGUCUUCUUCUACUAAAGUUUCAGUGGAUGGGAACUCCUUAGGGUCUUUUUGCAGACAUUUUAUUCAUUAUGUACACACAGCUCUUCCUCAUUUACUCUAUUUCCCUUAG